AUGACGCGGCAAAAUAUUUCCCAGAGUGUACAGAGAGAUACUACUUCUCUUCAAAAUAUUUCUGUUAAUACACAGAGAAGUGUUUCUCGAAUUAUCAAUCAAAAUAAUACUCUUCCUGACAGACUUCAAGAUAUUCAAAAAAAUAUUACAAAUUGUCAAGAAAAUUGUCAGCAAAUAAUUGCAGAUGAUGAUGCUCUGCGCGAAACUUUUAAAGAUGUUCAAACAAAGUUUAACUAUCAUCCUUAUAUUACCCCGCCAGAUACUCCAUGUGAAGAUACGUCUCCAUACUAUAAGUCUGAAAUUCAAACGAUCCAUGAAGAUGAUGAUAUUCCGUGUACUUUGCAAAACUCUUUACAGAGAAUGACUCUUUAUGAUAUUGUCGAAAAAGUUGAGCUAGAAGCUCAAUAUGACUUAUCACCAUCUGAUACUUUUCUGUUAAGAUCCCCAUUUACUCGUAGGUCUAGCGAAUCACGGGAAAUUUCACAUCUCAAUUUGAAAAAUCCUUCUCAUAAUGUUCAAUCACGAAUUCCAUCUCAUUGUUUCAAAGCUAUUUUGGAAUUUCUUAAGGAUGACAUAUCAACUCUUUACACUUUUCUUUUUGUCGAUUCUUCAGUCUGUCAACUCGUUAUUCCUUUGUUAUGGCGUCGACCUUUUCAUUAUGCCGUUUCGAAACCUCAACUUGUCGGUGCAAGUCUAAUUCAAACUUACUUAUCUUUUCUUUCUGACAAUGAAAUUGGUCGAUUGAUCGAUUCUGGAAUUCAACUGCGUUCUAUUUAUAAGCCUUCGUUUAAUUAUGCAAAACAUAUUCAAGAAUUUGAUUCUUAUAUGGUAGAAAGAGCCAUCAAAGAUUGGAUGCUCAUAAUGAAUCCUCGUUAUUCUGACUCUAUACACAAAAUACAAAUCAUCAAUCAAGUUUUAAGUAAUAUGCUUUUUCGUCACUCUGGGGGCCUAAAUAUUUUGACCAUUAAUCCUGAUUAUGAAGAUGAAAAAAUCUUUUUCGACAUUUCACAGUUUCCGGGUGCAAGAGAUGCAUUAUCUAAAAUUCGAAAUUUCAUAUUAGAUUAUCAUGUGCGUUAUGCUUCUUCCGAGGCUGGUGUUUCAAAACUUGUCACCAUGAUGUCUCAAUAUGCUCACAAUUUACAACACAUUUCUAUUAAGAUUGGUUACCUGGAUGAUCCCGUUCCUCCUAUUGUUCAGUCAUUAUCGAAAUUAAUCAAAACUCAAAAAGCAUUAAGAUCUAUUGAAAUUGAAAAUAAUUGGGAUCCUUCAAAAAUACUUUUGAUAUAUUCAUCAAUUCAUUGUCAAUUUCAAAACUUGACAAAAUUAUCUUACACCGGUUUGCUAAUCCCAGAAGCAUUUAUGCAACUAUUGUCUACUUGCACAAAAUUAGAGACGUUGGAAUUUGAUGGAUUUUAUAAUAUACAAAAAUAUUCUUUUGCUGAUUAUGUCCUUCCUCCUAAUCGUUUCUCAAUCAAGAACCUUAGUUGUCGUGCUGAUCUUUCAAGCAUUCAUCCAUUUAAUGCGACGAAAGCCGAUACUUUAGGAAUCAUCAUUCAGAUGACUAACAAAAAUUUACGAAAUUUAAUGUUGGGUGGUAUUACUACUGAUAUCUUGGAUAUAAUUGCUACGUAUUGUCCAAAUUUAACGAAGUUAUAUAUUAAAGGUCCAGGCUCAAAAUUACAGUUAUUUAGAAAACUAUUAACUGGAUUAAAGAACCUUGUGGAAUUGGAUUUAGGUGAUAUUCAUGAUGACGCUACUUACGUGAAUCCAAUUGAUUUAACUACUAUAAAGAUUAUAGCAGAGAGUAUACCUAGUUGUGUACGAAAAUUUGGUGUACAUUUUUCGAUGUCUUCCAAAGGAUUACGACUAUUUCUUGAAAAUUGUGUAGCAAAGUUUGAAGUCAUUAGUUUAUUCAGAAAUAGUAUGAUUAAUGACGAUAUUUUGGACGUCUUGGUUGAAUAUGCGAAAUUGAAGGGUACGCUUCGAAUGAUUAGCUAUUUUCCUGAAGCUUGGAUUAGGUUUGGGCAAAAUUUUCAAGGUUUUUCUGGCGAGGCUUUAGAGAAGGCAUAUCGGUGGAUUCCUGUUAUUAGAAAGGAAGCCAGAAAUGAAAAGCGUAUACAUGGUAAAUUAUACUUUUAUUUGAUUUUUAUUUGGAUACCAUCUUUAUUGAUACUUCUUGCCUUAUUAUUUUAUCUCAACGAUAUGCUUGCUUUUUUCUUUUUUUAA